UCUCUGCUCAAUCUGGCGCUGGCUCCAGCUCCACUAGCCGCGCUGGAGCGAUUUCCAGCAAUGCCUAGGUCUCCCAGCGUCGAUUCUUGCUGCUCUUGGGAUAUUUCAUCGCGUUGUGCUCGGCCAAUGCGCCGGAGCUGCGCAAAUUGCCCCGGAGCUCGGGAUUUUUCUCUGCUGUGUGGCUGGAUCUUUGGGAGGCUUGUGUGGAAUCGUGUGAGCAUUGCAAUGCCUUGCGUGUGAACGAGAGAUUUCUUGCAAGCCAGUUGUAGAGAGAAGAACUGGCAACUGGCACAAAGUGGUGAUCCCAAUGCGCUGCGCUUAACACGAGGAGGACGAAGAAUAAGAUGGAAAGAAAUCGCUGCGCACUUCUAAUCGUCCUGGCAGUUCUGGCAAUGCCCGGUGGUGGUAACGCGGACGAUAAAGACGUGCUCAUGGCAUUCAAGGCUUCGGCAGAUGUGUCGAACAGGCUAACGAGCUGGGGGAACGGAGAUCCUUGCAGCGGCAAUUGGACUGGUGUAAAGUGCGUGCAAGGACGGAUUCGCUAUCUCAUCCUCGAAGGCUUGGAGCUGGCCGGAUCAAUGCAAGCGCUCACCGCACUCCAGGACCUCCGCAUUGUCAGCCUCAAGGGGAACUCUCUCAACGGCACUCUUCCGGAUCUCACGAACUGGAGAUACUUGUGGAGCUUGUAUCUUCACCACAACAACUUUAGCGGCGAGCUUCCACCCAGCCUGUCCAACCUCGUACAUCUUUGGCGGCUCAAUCUCUCCUUCAACGGCUUCUCCGGACAGAUACCGCCAUGGAUCAACUCCUCGCGGCGGUUGCUCACUUUGAGGCUCGAGAACAACCAGUUCUCGGGGGCUAUUCCGGAUCUCCGGCUCGUCAACCUCACGGAGUUUAACGUUGCCAACAAUCGGCUGAGUGGAGAGAUCCCACCGUCGCUCAGGAACUUCUCAGGCACUGCGUUUCUGGGGAAUCCAUUCUUAUGUGGUGGCCCUCUGGCGGCAUGCACGGUGAUACCCGCGACACCGGCACCUUCUCCGGCAGUGGAGAAUAUAAUCCCGGCCACACCGACGUCCAGACCAAACGAGGGAAGAAGAACGAGGAGCCGACUUGGGACAGGGGCCAUCAUCGCCAUUGUCGUUGGUGAUGCGGCGGUUCUCGCCUUGAUCGCUCUGGUUUUCCUGUUUUUCUACUGGAAACGCUAUCAACACAUGGCGGUGCCUUCUCCAAAGACCAUCGACGAGAAAACGGAUUUUCCAGCGUCACAAUACUCGGCUCAGGUGCCGGAAGCGGAGAGAAGCAAGCUGGUAUUUGUCGACUCCAAAGCCGUGGGCUUCGACCUGGAAGAUCUCCUGCGAGCUUCUGCCGAGAUGCUGGGAAAAGGAAGCUUUGGAACGGCAUACAAGGCUGUGCUCGAGGACGGAACAAUAGUUGCGGUGAAGCGGCUCAAGGACAUUACAAUAUCUGGAAGGAAAGAGUUUGAGCAACAUAUGGAGUUGAUCGCAAAGUUUCGACACCCCAACGUGGUUAAGCUCAUCGCAUACUAUUACGCCAAGGAAGAAAAGCUCCUGGUGUACGACUUCAUGCCCAACGGGAACCUGUACACGCUUCUUCACGGUAACAGAGGUCCCGGAAGGAAACCCCUGGACUGGACAACGCGCGUUAAGAUCGCUCUGGGUGCGGCUAAGGGCCUGGCCUUCAUACACCGUCAGCCAGGCGCUCAAAAAAUACCGCACGGAAACAUCAAGUCUUCGAACGUGCUUCUCGACAAAGAUGGCAACGCUUGCAUUGCAGACUUCGGCCUAGCGCUGCUCAUGAACACGGCAGCGGCUUCUCGUCUAGUAGGCUACAGAGCUCCCGAGCACGCAGAGUCAAAGAAGAUAUCUUUCAAGGGGGACGUCUACAGCUUCGGGGUCUUGCUCUUGGAGCUCCUAACUGGGAAGGCGCCGGCACAGUCACAUACUACGCAGGGGGAGAACAUCGAUCUUCCACGCUGGGUACAGUCCGUGGUUCGGGAGGAGUGGACUGCCGAAGUCUUCGACAUCGAGCUCAUGAAAUACAAGAACAUCGAAGAGGAGAUGGUGGCCAUGCUACAGGUUGGGAUGGUUUGCGUCUCGCAGUCGCCGGACGAUCGGCCAAAGAUGAGCCAGGUUGUGAAGAUGAUCGAGGAUAUAAGAGCCGAUCAAUCUCCAGUGGCCGGGGACUCGACUUCGCAGUCACGCUCUGGAUCUCCCUCGGACGCAAGCCAUUGACUGGAUGAAACAUUUAUUUCUACUAUACUGGGUUCUCUGCGACUUAUUCAUUCGUGGAAGCUCUGCUAAGUGCAUUACAUCUAUUCACAGGAAAGUCUCAAUAACAGAUUGGGCUCUCAUUAUUUCUCCAGCUUAUAUUGACAGAGCUUCGCUAUAAACUUCCAAGUAAACGAAUCCAAAUGGAUUUUUUGUUUCUGA